AGUUGCCAUCUAGAUUACUAGUUGGAAAAGGGACUUUUAACUAGAUGCGUCUGCAGGUGCAUCUAGUAAUAGUUAAAUCGAUCGAUUAUCGGACGAUAAAUCGAUAGUUGCAACUAGAAAAAAUCUAGUAAUCGCCCAAUUACUAGAUUUCCACUGUCGUUACACACUAGUUGCAAUCGAAUAAAAAUCUAGUGGUCUAGAUGAAUCGGGCGACACUAGAUUUUUUUUUUACGCUUGGGUUCUUUCGAGAGUGUACCACAAUUACAUCAACUUUAUCCGAAUUGUUCGAGAGUAACAGGAUUAGUACAACUUGGGCGCCUGAUGACGAAUAUCGCGUUUAAAAGAUUCUAAAAUAACGGCGCGAUGGUCAUCUAGACCUGAUGGGAUCGCAUUUUCCAGCAGAAAAGACCUUUUAUGGGUAUAUUCACCAUCUUUUAGUGAAACAUUUCCACGAGCUAAUACCGUCAGAUUAGUUUCUAAAUGUACAGAGGUACCAAAUCACUCACGGGUAAAAAGUUCCAAAAAGUUAAGUACGUUCUCAGGGAAAUUUUUAAAACAGUUGUUAUUUCCCAAAAAUAGCCCUGUUUUGUAAACCAUAUUUCCCCCAUAAAAUCAUAUCCACAAAAGACAAAAAUAUAUGCAUUCGACGCGUCUUUUCAAGCUCUAUCCGAUGAACUGGUCCGCAUUGAGAUCACAAAAUGUUUAAGGAUAGUAAAAAACAACUUUUGAAGGCGGUUUUCCAAAGUUAGACUGCAUACUGCACCAUAACACGGGAUUCCAGGACGUGGAAUAACAUAUAUCGCGCAUGUACUCGACAUGAGCUAUUACAGAAACAGGCUUUCACCUUUGGCCAAGCACUUUUGAAACAGACGAAAUCCUGUGGUAUUUUUGCAGGAAAAACACUCCUCUCUGAAAUUUGGUACUUCUGCACAUAUAGAAUCUAAUCUGACGGUAUUAGCUCGUGAAAAUGUUUCACUAUAGAUGGUGCAUAUACCCAUAAAAGGUCUUUUCUGCUGGAAAAUGCGAUCCCAACAGGUCUAGUUAAAGGUGAAAAUGAAGUCUUAUUUAUGAUAGGAUCAUUAUUUAAAUUAAAAUAUGUUGAUCAUGAUUCAAAAGAACAAGUUUGGAUAAUAAAAUUAGAAUUAUGUAGUGAACAAGAUUAUCAAUUGAAAGAUGUUUAUGAAUCAAUGAAAGAACAAGUAGACAAAAAUAUAAAUCUACUUGAACCAGGUAAUACUUUAUUUCGAAUGGGUGAAUUAGAUAAAGCUGAAAAAUACUAUCAAAAAUUAUUAAGUACAUUAAAAGAUAACAAUAAUCCAUUAAUUCCCGGAUGCUAUCACGGAUUAGAUCAAGCACUAAAAUUUUUUCAACAAGCAUUAGAACUGAAAUUAAAGUAUACACAAAGAGUUACCGAUUAUUGUUCUAUUGGUACUACUUAUACAGGAAUUGGUAAUGUUUAUCAAGAUACAGGAAAUUAUUCUAAGGCAUUAGAAAAUUAUGAACGAGCACUUGAUGCUGAACAUGAAAAAAAAUUUGAUCAUUAUUAUUUUCAUAAUGAUGAUUUACAUGUAGCAAAUAUUUAUAAUAAUCUUGGUGAACUUUAUCGCAAACGAAAAAAGUAUGGUUUAGCACUAAAUACAUUAAAUGCAUCAUUAAUACUUCAAAUGAAACUAUUACCUAAGAAUCAUUAUCAAAUAGGAUUAACAUUGAUGAAUAUCGGUAUUGUACAUAAUGAAAAAGGUGAAUAUAAUCAAGCGUUGAUUAUGUAUAAACAAGCAUUAGAAAUACAAAUUCAAACAUUACCAGAAUAUCAUAUGCAAAUAGGACAAACUUAUUAUAAUUUAGCCUGUUUAUAUGAAAGAGUCGGAAAUAAUAAGUUAGCUUUGGAAAUUUAUUGUAAAGCUUUACAUAUUUAUGAUACAAUACUGCUAAAGACUCAUCGGGAUUUAAAACAAGUACAAAAUAAUAUUCAAACUAUUACUAAGCGCAUGGGGCAUGUACAAUGUCACUUCACUUUUUUUGACAAGAAUUCUAACAACAUCUAA